AUGUUCCCGACCAAUAUUACCACUGAUCAGUCAUCUCUUCUUGCCUUGAGAUCUCACAUUUCGAUUGACCCUCUACAAAUCUUGGCCAAAAACUGGUCUGUUGGCUCUUCGGUCUGCGAUUGGAUUGGAGUGACCUGCGGCUUUCGGCAUCUCAGAGUGACCGGCUUAAAUAUUUCAAGCAUGAAUCUUUCCGGCACCUUACCUCCACAACUGGGAAAUCUAUCAUUUCUUGUUUCUCUUGACAUGAGAAACAACAAUUUCCAUGGAGAGAUGCCGCAUGAAAUUGGUCGUUUGCGCCGAUUGAAAGUACUUAUUUUGGGCAUUAACAAUCUCAAAGGAGAGUUACCCAGGUGGAUUGGUUCAUUUCCUCAACUUCGUCACUUGUCUUUUGGAAACAAUAGUUUCACUGGUCUAAUCCCUUCUUCAAUCUCUAACAUGUCAAACCUACAGUUUAUAGGUCUUUAUAACAACUAUCUGGCAGGGGUCAUUCCCACAGGGAUUUUCAACAUUUCCUCGCUGCAAGUCAUUGACCUUACAAAUAAUGGCCUGUCCGGGGUUCUUCCAAGUGACAUGUGUUACCAUCUUCCUGGACUGAUUAGACUUUCCCUAUCAUUUAACAAGUUAUAUGGUCAAUUACCAUCAAGUAAUUUAGCUCAAUGUUCAGAACUUCGGGUUCUGUCUUUGUCUUUCAACGAAUUUGGAGGCCAAAUUCCAAAAGAGAUUGGUAUAAUACCACGAGAGAUUGGUAACUGGCGCUUUCUCCAACAACUCGACUUGCGAUUCAAUAGCUUAACUGGUUCCAUACCAAUAGAGAUCUUCAACCUCUCAAAGUUGAGUGUUAUGUCACUUUUACAAAAUCAACUAUCAAGCAAUCUUCCAUCAAUAUUCGGUUAUGAGCUUCCCAAUUUAGAAUACCUUUUUCUCGGCAUUAAUCACCUUUCUGGAGCAUUACCUAGUUCAAUCUCAAAUUCUUCUAAUCUCCGUAAAGUAGAUAUUGGUGGUAACAAGUUCACGGGUCCAAUUCCUACUUCCCUGGGGGACCUGAGUCACCUAGUAAGCCUGAUUCUAUAUGGCAACAAAUUAACGGGUGACUCCACAUCUCCAGAGUUGAGCUUCAUCACUUCAUUGACAAAAUGCAAAGAUUUGGAUUUGGAUGGCAAUCCAUUGAAUGCGAUCAUUCCAGAGUCGGUUAGUAAUCUUUCAACUUCCCUUCAACAACUAAGUGCAUCGAAUUGUAAAAUAAAGGGCAGCAUUCCUGAUGGAAUUGGAAACUUGACAAGUUUGAUCCUAUUAGAUCUAUCAAACAAUGACUUAACUGGGUCGUUGCCAGUUACAAUGAAAGAUUUGCAAAAGCUUCAAUACAUGGAUCUCAGUAUGACCAAACUAAUUAGCAGAGUUCCCCUGCAUUUUCUUUGUGCUCUCCACAACAUGGACACAAUGAACCUUGGACAAAAUCAAUUUAUGGCCUCAAUUCCAAAGUGCUUCGGAAAUCUUACAUCCCUGAGGCAUCUCAACCUAAGUCACAACAGACUAUAUUCUGCUCCACCUGAGGAAAUAUGGAACCUAAAAGAUCUUUUAAUGCUUGACCUCUCUUCAAAUCUGCUGAGUGGAUCUUUGCCGUAUGCUAUUAUGAAUAUGAAGAUGGCAAAUUGGGUUUAUUUGUCAACCAAUCAGUUCUCAGGUGGCAUUCCUAACUCAAUUGGAGAUAUGCAAAACCUGCAAAACCUUUCUCUGGCACACAACAGAUUGCAAGGAUCAAUCCCAGAAUCAAUUGGCAAGAUGUUAAGCUUGGAGUCAUUGGAUCUAUCACAUAACUUACUCUCUGGAUCAAUUCCAAUGUCAAUGGAGAACCUUCGGUAUCUUAAAUAUGUCAAUCUCUCUUUUAACAAUUUAAGUGGUGAAAUUCCAUCCCUAAACUGCUGCACUGCCGAGUCCUUCGCUUCAAAUCAAGCCCUCUGUGGAGCUCAAAGGUUUCAUGUGCCCCCAUGUCCAAAUAAUUCAGCUCACAAAUUGAGGACAAAAAAGCUGCAUCGAACAAUUUAUAAUCUACUGGUGGUGAUAAUAGCAGCGGGAGUCUUGUCCUUUGGAUUUGUUUACCUGAGAUAUCGAAAGAAAGAUACACUUUCCAGUGGAGCAAAUUUAUCCUUAGUUGCAAUGCCAGAAAGAAUUUCAUAUUUUGAACUUCUACAAGCAACUAACGGGUACAAUGAAAGCAAUUUGCUGGGGACUGGAAGCUUUGGAUCUGUUUAUAGAGGCACUCUUGAUGAUGGAAGGGUUGUGGCUGUUAAAGUGUUCAAUUUACAAGUCGAUGGAGCGUUCAACAGUUUUGAUGUAGAAUGUGAAGUGUUGCGCAAUCUUCGCCAUCGAAACCUCACAAAAGUCAUCAGUAGUUGCUCUACCCCUGAGUUUAAGGCAUUAGUGCUUGAGUUCAUGCCUAAUGGGAGUCUUGAGAAGUGGUUGUAUUCGCACAACUAUUUUCCCGAUCUGAUGCAGAGAUUGGACAUAUUGAUUGAUGUGGCCUGUGCAUUGCAAUAUCUCCACUGUGAGUAUUCAACUCCAGUAAUUCACUGUGAUCUGAAGCCAAGUAAUGUGCUGCUGGAUCAAGACAUGGUUGCCCAUCUAAGUGAUUUUGGCCUUACAAAGUUGUUGGGCGAGGAGAACAGCAUCACAUACACCGAAACACUAGCCACACUUGGCUAUCUUGCACCAGAGUAUGGGUUGGAAGGAUUGGUAUCAGCAAAAUGCGACAUCUAUAGUUUUGGAAUUAUGAUAAUGGAAGUCUUCACGAGAACAAAUCCCCACAGUGAAAUGUUUGGUGAAAAAUUGAGCCUGAGGAGCUGGGUGGCUAAUUCAAUACCUGAUGGAUUAGCUAAAGUCAUCGAUGCAAAUUUGCUAAAGGAGAGUGAUGAAUACUUUGUUGAAAAGCUAAGCUGCAUAGCCUCAAUCAUGAAAGUGGCUCUGGGCUGCACGAUGGAGUCUCCAAGAGAAAGAAGCAGCAUACAAGAUGUUCUCGUUGCGCUGAAAAAGAUCAAGGUUCGGUGCAUGCAUGUUCCCCAAGCAAGAUUGCAACCUUCUUCUUGA